AUGGUUAUAGGGACACAAAUCGUGAAAUUAAUAUCGACCAUUUAUAAGCUUUUUCAAAAUCCAAUGUGGAAAGCUAUAAAAUCAUUCAAAUCACCACAAUUGAUAUCAGUUAGAAGCUUUAGUAGAUCUAUUAUCGUUCAGAAUAAAUUAAACAUGCCUGAAUUCGAUGAUUCGUUCCUUAUGAACCAUACUUGUCUCCGUAUCAAGGAUCCAAAAGUUACGGUUCCUUUUUACACUGAGAACUUUGGCUUACAAUUACUUAGAACUGUUCCAUUCCCAGACUUCACCUUAUAUAUGUUAGGGUAUGAAAAUGCUGAAAAUAAGUCAAAGAAUUGGUCAGCUAGGGAAGGUGUCUUGGAAUUAUGCCACAAUCAUGGGGUUGAAAAUGAUCCCGACUUUAAGUUGAAUCAUGUCUUAGAAGAAAAAUUAUUAGCUAAGGAUGUCAAAUUCCAAAAGAAAUUAUCUGAUGGUCGUCAAAAGGAUAUUGCUUUUGCAUUAGAUCCAAAUGGUUAUUGGAUUGAAUUGAUUGAACAUGCUAAUGGUAAGGUUGAAGCUAAAACUGAUGCAUCCACUUAUAAAUUCAAUCAUUCUAUGAUAAGAGUAAAAGAUCCAAAGGCUUCGUUAGAUUUCUAUCGUAAUGUAUUAGGAUUCAAAUUGAUUUCAAGUCAUGAAUUUCCAGCUGCAAAAUUCACUCUUUAUUUCUUAGGAUAUGAUCAUAGUCCAGAUUUCAAAGAAGAUUCUGCAGAUAGAACUGUUAAAGCAUCCAGAGAAGGACUUAUUGAAUUAACUCAUAAUUGGGGUACUGAAGGUGGUGCUAUCCAAGGUUAUGGUCAUACUGCUGUUAGUUGUAAAGAUCCAGAUGCUUUAUGUAAGCAAAUUGAAGAAGAAUACGGUGAUAAAGUCAAAUGGUCUCUUAAAUGGGAUCAAGGUAAGAUCAAGAGAAUUGCCUUCAUCCAAGAUCCUGAUGGAUAUUCCAUUGAAAUCGUUGGUUAUGAUUUAUUAACUAAAGAUUCUAAUUUGUAA